AUGUCAUCUGCAAUUCAAGCAAUUGGUCCUGUUAAAUCUGAUGUUUCUAAGUCACCUAUAAGUGACAUGCCUAAGUUAAUUAUAGGCGGUGCCACACUGAUGCCUGCAUAUAAUAAGGAUCCCUUGUCUAUUCCGCAGGUAGAAAUUGUGCGGCGUGCAAUGGCAAGUGGAAUCAACGCAAUUGAUACCUCUCCAUAUUAUGGUGAUAGUGAGGUGAUUUUUGGGAGAGUUCUGGAGGAGCUGAAAGAAGAAUUUCCUAGACAGUCAUAUUACUUAUGCACCAAGGUUGGACGUAUUGGGUUGGAAAAAUUUGAUUACUCCAAGCAGAAUGUGCGGUCUAGCGUGAGGCGGUCAUGCGAAAUAUUGAAGACAGACUACCUGGACCUUGUCUACCUUCACGACAUUGAAUUUGUUGAGUUUGAAGGUAUUUGGGAGGCUUUACGCGAGUUGCGUAAGUUGAAAGAUGAAGGAAUAAUCAGGAAUUUCGGUGUAAGUGGUUAUCCAGUGGACUUGUUAUACCAUGUUGCCAAGAAAUCUUGUAAUAUGCCCGACAUUGGACCGUUGGAUGCGGUGCUAUCAUACUGCAACUUGAACUUGCAGUCACUGAAUUUGUUGAAAUAUGCCGACCGGCUGUUCUCGGAAUGCAAAUUGAAGACCGUGUCCAAUGCCUCCAUUACUAGUAUGGGCCUCUUGACGUCAUUUGGUCCGGUUAGUUCUCACCCUUGUACACAGGAGCUGCGCCAGUGCUCAAAGGCCGCCGCGGAACUUGCAACUGAACAAGGUAUUGAGCUUGGUGACCUAGCGACGCGUUAUGCAAUCGCGAAGUGGAAUGAUAAGGGACCCACAGUUUUAGGUCUCAGUCGCGUGGAGCAACUGGAGCAGGCUGUGAAGAGCUACCAAACUGUUAUGGCUAACGGUGGGAAGCUCGAUGAGAAGGACCAAAAGCUCGUGGAAACAAUCCAGAAGGAUUGUUUCGGUGACCGAAUGAAUGAGAUGUGGGAAUCUGGAAUCCCCCACGAUUUAUCGUAG